AUCCCUGGUCCCGAGGAAGCCUGGGCCGGAGAUUGAGUCAUGCACAACGAGCCUGAGUCGGCGCUUGGGGCCCUAGAUCUCCUCAGGAUGCAGAAGUUCCGUGCAGAGGUGCCGGUCAUGUUGUUUCUGGAUGGAGGUCGAAGUGUACAAGCAAGGGAAUCUGUGUUGCAGAAAGCCGUGCAGCAUGCUAAGCAAGAACCUUUCGUCUACCAAGAAGAUGAGAAGUUGCACGUUGAACCUGCAAAGUAGUGCUGGGCAGAGGAUCUGCUGGGAGUCCUAAAGGUCAGGGGUAUCUUGGAAAAUCAGGGGUUCAAGCUCUCUACUCGGAUGCGUAGGUUGUUUGUUUAUUGCCUAUCCUGGUGGAAAAUCAGAGUCCAUAGGCGCCCUCCGGCAAUACUGACUUUGUUGUAGAGGUCUCAAGAUCCUGGGGUUUUGUGCAAGAGGCGCUCCCUGCAUGAGAUUGAGAGAGGGGCAUACCGGGGAGACAAGAAGGGUUUCUGGGGCCGUUCACUUGAAGGACCAUCGAGUCUGUGAGCAAGCCAGGGCCGCAAAUGAAGCCAGCAAUGUGGGCAACACCCCUAGGGUCCCCCGCUUCUCCCAGGGGUCGCAGCAGCCCCGACUCGUCUCCCGAAAGUAGGAAGCCCUCGGUGUUCCAGUCCCCCAUUAAGAGUGCCCUUGUGAACCGCUCUCCCAUCACCUCCGAGCUGGCUGGCAGCCCCAGCCACGCAGAAGCGGUCAAGGGCAUGGUCAGCACAAUGUACCCGGCAUUUUCUCCGCCUGAGCGGCCGCUGAGUAGGCAGCAGUUUGGCGGGCCCCCUGCCGCAGUGGAGCAGGCGGUGGUGGCGCAGUCCCUCCGCAAUGAGAACGAGCUGCUGCGUGGCCAGCUGCGCGACGUGAGCGCGCAGGAGCGCCAGCACCGGGCCGAGCUGGCCCGCCUGCGUCAGCACCGCGAUGAUGACAUCAGCGCCAGGGUGGCCGAGCAGACGGCGGGGUAUGAGUGCGAGAGGGAGCAGCUGCUCGCGGCGCUGGAGGCGGCUCAGGAGGAGCUACACAGGGAGGCUGCGGAGAGGGAGCGCCUGGAGCACACACUGCAGGAACAUGCACACAGCUCGACUGAGGCGGAGCAGCAGGGAGCGGCUGCGCUGCGCAGGCUGGAGGCAGUAGUGACUUCGGCGGCGGGCGCAGUGGCGGAGAUGGCCAGCGGGGUGGAGGCCUUCCAGCAGGCAGUGCUGCCCACGUUCAAGGUGCCCCCGGAGGCGCUGGGCGGGCUAGAGGAGAAGGCGCCCCUGGAAGGGGACAAGCAUGGCCUGGGGAAGCAGGUGGCGAGGCUGGCCCGCGGGCUGGCCCUGCUGCGCAUGAUGGUGGACGCCAAGAGCGACACGCUGGUGCUCAUCCGCGGCAAGCUUAAGGCCGAGGCGCAGGCCCUGCGCGCGGAGGUGGCCGCGCUGCGCGGACAGGCGCACGACACCACCACGGAGCUGCGCGACAAGGAGCAAGGCGCUCAGCAGGAGAGGGGGCAGCUGCGCGCUGAGAUGCACGCCCUGCAGGAGCUGUACGGCAACGAGGUGGCGCAGCUGCGGGGCCGCCUGGCUGCGUACGAGCGCGGGGAGGCGGGGGAGGCGGGGGCGGUGGCGGCCGUGCAGAGGCAGCUGGCUGCGACGGCGGAGCGGCUGGCGGCGCUGGAGGGCGCGAACGCGCGGCUGGCGGGCACGCUGGAGGAGGAGAGCGGGCUGCGUGCGCAGGUGGUGGCGCAGCUGGCAGCGCACAAGAAGGAGGCGGCGGCCACGCGCAGCGAGCUGGAGACGCUGAAGCUGAGCCAGAAGUUCCUGGUGCGGCAGCCGCGCGGCGGGGCCCGCAUCCCGGCCGAGAAGAUGGACCUCAUGAACAUGGUCAACCACCUGCUGCACGAGGUGAGCAAGGUGAAGGCGGAGAAGGCGGCCGUGGAGGAGGAGCUCAAGGCAGCGCGCCAUGCCCACGUGGCUGAGCGGUCACGGGGCGUGGUCAGCGGCCGCGACGUGGCCCUCGCGGCGGACGACCGCGUGCACGACGCGGAGAUUGCCAUGAAGCUCGUGCGGCAGAGGCUCCACCCGGGGUACGCGGCGGAGAGAGGGCCCUCACGGCCGGUCGCCCGACCCGCGUGCCUCAACGGGUUGGGAGAGGCCGCUCAGCGUUGUGGAGCGGACGUUCGGGAGCUGCAAAACAGUGCGAGAGCGACCGUGCAAGCAAACGGGAAAGGGAGCUCGCCGUCUCCACCCCAGGACGCGUCCCCCCACACGUCAAGACAAGAUUUUCCAGGCGGGAGAAACGCGAUUGCGAGGGGAGAAACCAGCGGGGUCUGCUCAUCGCCCAGCUUUGCUGCCUCUCCAGACGGCCCCAGUGUUGCAGGCGACCACAGAACUCCACAGCGCGCCGGUGCUGAGGCAGAUCUCUUCAGGCAUCUCGACGAGGCUGCGAGCUUCGAAGGGCUCACGUCCUUCCGGGGCGCACAAGACACAAUCACAAGUUCUUCAGCUCGGCGGUGGCUCUCAAGUGCAAUGUUGGGCAGCAAAGUGGACCAUGACCUAACAGUUUAAAAUGGGUGUUCCGUAUAACAAUGAUGUGUUGUCCAUGCAACGUGUAUACAGCGAGCUUUUGGCACCCGGC